AUGCACUAUAAAGUUUCUUUCUCCUUUUUUUCUUCUUUCUGUGUUAUUUUCUUUCUUUCUUUUUUAUUUUGCAUAAAUCUUAACUUAUUUGUUUCUUUCAUUCUUAAUUUCUUUCUCAUUCUGUUUUUUACUAUUUUUUUUCACCAUAAAGUUCUUUCUUGUUUUUCUUUAUUUUUUUCUUCCCUUUUUUUUAAGCUACUUUCUCUAUUUCCUUCAUUCUUUCUUUCACUGUUUUUGGCUUUUGAUCUUUUGUGCAUCCAACUUCUGUUAUACCUGUUAUUUAUUUUGUUCUUUCUGAAGCUUCCUUUUUUCUUAUUUCUUUUAUUUCAAUAUUCUUUCUCUCUCCAUGCUUUAGUUCAUUCUUCUUUCUUUCUUUUAGAAUACUAUACAUUUCUUCCUUUCUUCUUUCCUUUCUUAGAAUUUAUUUUGUCCUUUUGCUUUGAAAUGUUUCUUUCUUUCUUUCAUUCUUUCUUUCUUUCUUUUUAUCACUCUUUGCUUUUGUCUUUUUUCUUUUCUCACUGCUUUUCCUUUUACUUCUCUUUUUUAUUUUCAGUUCUGUCUAUUGCUUAUCUUUUCUUUCUUUCUUUCACUAAACUUCUUUUGGUGGUUCCUUUUUAUUCUUUCUGUAUUUUUCCUCCAGAUACUUUCUGCUUUCCCCUAUCUUUUUUGUUUCUUUUAUCAGAAUUUAAUUCUUUCAUCUUCAUUCUUCAUAAUUUUCUGUUGAUUUUUCUCUUUAGUUUUUCCCCUUAUUCUUUCUCAUUUAUUAAAAUCCUUCCCACUCCAUCGUUUUUCUUUCAAUUCUGGUCUAUUCUUUUCUUUCUUGAUUGUUUGCUUCUUCCACUUUUUCUUUUUGUAACUUUCCUUUUUCUUUUUUCUUUCUUCCUCACUUUCUUUUUUUCUUUCUUUCCUUCUUUUUUUAUCUUUCCUUUUUCUUUCUUUCUUCUUUCUUUCUUUCUUUCUUUCUUUUUUCACUUUGAAUUCUCCAUCUUUUCCCACAUUUUCAGCAUCUUAAGCAAAAAAUCAUUUUCUUUUUUCUUUUCCUGUCUAAACACAAAUUCCAUUUUUUCUUCUGUUCUUUGCGUAAGCAAAAAUCUUUUAAUUUUCUCUCUUUUCCUAAACAUACAUUCUUUCUUUCUUUCCUUCUGUUCAUCUACUUCUCUCUCUCUUUCUUUCUUUCUUUUUCACAGAUUAUUUUUUUCCAUUAUUCUUUCUUUCUGCUUCUCUAUUUCUUUUUUCUUUCUUUCUUUACUUCUGUUCAUCUAUUGUACUCUUUUUUCUUUCUUUCUAUUAUGUAAGCAAAAGUUUUUCUUUCAUUUUUCUUUCUAUUCCUGUUUAAGCACAAAUUCUUUCUUUCUUUUUUUCUUUCUUUCUUUCUUUAAAAUUCUCCUGCAAGUAAAUUUUCUACCUCAAUUGUUUUUUUUACCAUUCUUUUCUUGCCGUUCAUUUUUCUAUCUUAUUGACCAUUCUUUCUUUUAUCAUUCUUAUUGA